AUGUCCAAGAUAAAAGAGUUUGAUGCAACAGCAUAUGUCUAUCUCAAAAAUGUAGAAGAGCAGUGGAGUGUGCACAUGUUUGACAGGACAGUUUGUUGUGAUCAUAACACAACAAACUUCGUAGAGUCAUUCAAUGCAAUAACAAAGGCCAACAGGGACAUGCCUGUUGACAUUGCUGGAAGGAAUUGGUGCAUGAAAAGGCUGGGUUCCAGGUUCGAUAAAGCAGUAAGCAUGGAACCUAAUGAUCUAACAGAGCAUGCAAAGGGAGUGCUGGCGACUAGGACUGAUGAUUCUAGGUUCUGCCAUGUCACUGCAGUUGGUGGUGAAGAGUUUGAGGUGAGGGAUGGCCAUGUCAAGUUCCCUGUCACCCUUGGAAAUAUGACUUGUGGGUGUGGGAAAUGGCAAGGAUCAGGGAUCCCUUGCAAGCAUGGGCUAAGGGUCAUUUACAACCAGAGACUUGAUCCUAAGAACUUUGUCUCACCUUUCUACAAGGGGGUUGCUUACAAACUCACUUAUGGAGACCACAUCCACUCCAUGGCUGAUCCAACUCACUGGCCUUCACUAGAUGUGCCAGAAAUUGCACCACCCCAAGGGAAAAGAAAUGUUGGCAGACCACCUAAGCAAAGGAAAAGAGCUGCUUAUGAAGCAAAAAAAGGAAAGAGGCAUAAGAAUAACAAAUGCAGCCUAUGCAAAGAAGUAGGUCACAAUGCAGUGACAUGCAAGGCAAAAAAGGCAUCAUCAAAGAAGGCAGCACAUGCAGCUUCCUCUUCACAGCAAGGCAACACUAGGGGGAAGAGAAAGGCUGCUACUUAG